AGUUCUUUGGAAAUUUGGGUUUCCUGUGGUGUAAUCAUUUGCUUUAUCAAAAUGGCGAACUUAAAUAGAAAGACAAAGAGUUUUAAAUGAAGAAAGUAUCUUGACAACUGAAGAUCUUGUACUUUAUCGGUAUGUCUAAGGAGUCAAGCGUACCUUCGCUGCCCAAGCCACCAUGUUUCGAGGAGAUUUUACGUGAUCUUGAAUCCACCACGAGAGUCGACGUGGCUUUCACUGUGCAAAAGAAAAUAUUCAAAAACUGGAAAUCAUCUUCUGAAGCAUUGUCCAACCCCGAACUGACGUCAGGUGAAGACAAAAUAAGCACCAUAACCGUUGAUAACAAGAAUGAUUACAAACAAGUCACAGAAUUCCUAGAGAAUUAUCAGUCAUUAAUGGACAAUAUUAAACAAUUAAAAGCUUGUGAUCAAGAGAUGGAAAAACAACAGUUGAGGUUGAGAGAAAAGAUAGCCCAUGUAAAGCACUCAUGGAAAGAGUCAAGUCCUACAUGAGUGUAAGCCAGGAGUGUCCAUCGUUUAAAAAUGGUGUUUUUGAGAGUGCCUAGACAUUAUAGUUUCAGACUUUAUUUCUUAGAUUAUACAAAGAAAAGUGACUUUCAAAUAGAUAGCCAAACUGUUAGCAGAGAGAACUGCAAAAUAGGAAGAAUUUAGUUAUUGUGAAAUAGUGUAAA